AUGUCAGCUUCUCAAGUUCCACCCAGCGGAGUCUGGGCUCCCACAAUUACAUUCUUCAACAGUGAUGACACCCUCGACACAGAAUCUCAAGCAAAAUACUACACAUACCUACCCAAGACUGGUCUCGCAGGGCUAGUAGUCCUAGGUACAAAUGCCGAGACCUUCCUCUUGACCCGUGAGGAGCGCAAGAUCUUACUAGAAAUCGCACGGAAAGCAGUCGGUCCCUCAUACCCAAUCAUGGCAGGCGUGGGCGGCCACUCAACGAAGCAGGUUCUGGAAUUCAUUUCAGACGCAGCAGACGCCGGUGCCGACUCCGUCCUGCUUCUUCCCCCAGCCUACUUUGGGAAGCAAACCACCCCGGCCGUGAUCGAUAAUUUCUUCGACGAUGUCGCCACUGCCAGCCCACUGCCCAUUGUCAUCUAUAACUUCCCUGUCGUCUGCAAUGGUAUCGAUCUUGACUCCGCCACCAUUGCUCGUCUUGCAAAGAAGCAUAGCAACAUCGUCGGCGUCAAACUGACUUGCGGUGCUGUUGCCAAGAUCACCCGGCUGUCGGCGGAGUUCGAUCCUGAGAGAUUUGUCGUCUACGGCGGACAGUCAGAUUUCCUCAUUGGCGGGUUGGCUGCUGGGUCUUCGGGUACCGUGGCUGGAUUUGCCAAUGUGUUCCCCAAGACUAUCGUGCGGAUCUACAAUCUGUAUCAGGAGGGGCGAUACAAAGAGGCAAUGGAGUUGCAUAAGAAGGCGGCACUUGCAGAACAGCCCUGUAAGACUGGAAUUGCUGCUGUGAAAUAUGCGGCUGCACUAAACACGGCCAAGAGUGCUGGUAUCGAGGGGGCAUUGGAAAAGUUGAAGCCACGCAGACCAUACACUGAGCCCUCUGAUGCGGAAAAGAAGGCCAUUGAGUCACAGACACAUAGCUUGGUGGAAAUUGAGGCAGCUUUGUGA